UGUGGCUUUUACUUGUUGUGGUGACAUCACUCCGCACCCUAACAAAACCCACAGGGAAAUAAAGCCAAGUUCACGGCACCCUUUCUUUCGUUAUUAUUUUCGUCUUUCCUUUCCAAAUAACCUGGGCCACUUCAAUUGAACUGUAGCGGGCGCUACUUCUACUCCAAUGGCCUCCUCCACCACCACCACCAAGAAGGAAGCUCAGGCACUACUUCUCGGUCGCUUUGAGGUGGGCAAGCUCCUCGGCCACGGCACCUUCGCCAAGGUCUACCAUGCCCGCAACGUCAACACCCAAGAGAGCGUCGCCAUCAAGGUCAUCGAUAAGGAGAAGAUCCUCAAGGUCGGCCUCACAGCCCACAUCAAGCGAGAGAUUUCAAUCCUCCGCCGCGUGCGCCACCCCAACAUCGUACGUCUCUUCGAGGUCAUGGCCACCAAGUCCAAGAUCUUCUUCGUCAUGGAGUUUGUCCGCGGCGGCGAGCUCUUCAACAAGGUAUCCAAGGGUCGUCUCAAGGAGGACGUCGCCCGCAAGUACUUCCAGCAAUUGAUCUCCGCCGUCUCCUUCUGCCACUCCCGUGGCGUCUUCCAUCGCGACCUCAAGCCCGAGAACCUCUUGCUCGACGAUAACGGCGAUCUCAAGGUCUCCGAUUUCGGUCUCAGCACAGUGUCCGAUCAGAUUCGCCAGGACGGUCUGUUCCACACGUUUUGUGGCACGCCUGCCUAUGUUGCUCCCGAGGUUUUGGGCGGAAAGGGUUACGAAGCCUCCAAGGUGGAUAUCUGGUCCUGUGGGGUUGUGCUCUUCGUUUUGAUGGCCGGCUAUUUGCCCUUUCACGACCAAAACAUUAUGGCCAUGUACAAGAAGAUUUACAAGGGCGAAUUUCGAUGCCCGAGAUGGUUCUCUCCGUCACUGACUCGGCUCCUAACCCGUCUCCUGGAUACGAACCCGGAGACUCGGAUUACAAUCCCGGAGAUCAUGGAGAACAAGUGGUUCAAAAAAGGGUUUAAACACAUCAAAUUCUAUAUCGAGGAUGACAAGCUUUGUAAUGUCGUGGAUGAGGAGGAGAAGCAGGGAAAGGAGGACGACGAAAAGUCGGCCUCGGACCAAUCAGAAUCGGACUCGGAAUCCGGGUUCCAGGCGAGGAGGAGGGUGGGUACAUUGCCGAGACCAGCGAGCUUGAACGCGUUCGACAUCAUAUCGUUCUCGCGCGGGUUCGAUCUGUCUGGGUUGUUCGAGGAGGGAGGGGAGGAGGCCAGGUUCGUAUCGGGCGCACCGGUAUCGAAGAUUAUAUCGAAACUGGAAGAGAUCGCGACGCUGGUGAGCUUCACGGUAAGGAAGAAGGAUUGCGGGGUGAGCUUGGAGGGGUCGACCGGGGGCGUGAAGGGACCAUUAACCAUUGCCGCUGAGAUUUUCGAGUUGACGCCGUCGUUGGUUGUAGUGGAGGUGAGGAAGAAAGGAGGAGAUAAAGGAGAAUACGAGGAGUUCUAUAAUAGGGAAUUGAAACCCGGUUUGCAGAAUUUGAUGCUAGAGGAAGCUGCCUCUUCCCUUUCAUCAACUUCACUUCCACUACCUUCAUAUUUCGCUUCGGAUACUGAAUAGAGGAAUAGAGAGAAGUGAGGGAGAAGGAUUACUUUCCACCUUCCUAUAGUUGGGGAGUUAUGCAACCAAGUUGCGAUCGAUUCCUCUGAUUUCUUUAGUUGUGCAAGAUUAAUUGCGAUGCCAUCUAAUGGGGUUACUUCGGGUUUCCUUCUGAAGGAAUGAAAGAAGGAACAUCACUUUAAUAUGGUGAUAUGGUGGUGAUCAGGAUGGACACUUCUGAGCAGAUGAAAGAGGAAAUAUCACCUAAAUUUGGUGAUAUUUCUAAAUAUUGCACAUUGCUCAAUCAAAUGCAUGCAGAGCCAGAAACCCUUUGAAUCUGAUAAUAGCACAUUGUUGUCGGAAAAAUGUUUGCAUAUCUUACCGUCUUGGUCUGAGUCCGGCUGGCUCUCUCAGGCUACAUUGCUUUUGUUCAAUGAGGUAACAUAAAGACACAGACCUCUAUGUUUGUACUUUUUUCGAUGGGGUCGCUAGAGUCAAGGAAAUGAGAGAUCUAGGUUUUUUUCACCUUUUUGUUGUGUAUAUUUUCCUGCGUAGAAAAGGAGAAUGAUGGAUAUUUAUAUGAAAGUAUGGUGGAUCUUUGAAUGCA